CAAAAUUAUUAGCCUAUAAUUUUAUCAAGCCUAGACAAGACUACGCAAUUAAUUCACCGAUGGAAGCAAAGAAACCAUUUCAGUUUGCAAAUAACACUGUUCUAUGCCUUUCUCCCGAUUUCAUUCUCCCAGAGGAGAAACGACCAUGCCUUUCAGAAGUUUCCCACACGAAUUUAGUUCCCAUAAUUGACCUAAAAGGCUAUGGCGAAGACCAAAAGAGUUUGGUGCAAAACGUGUCAGAUGCAUGCAAAAAAUUGGGAAUAUUUCAGGUGAUGAACCAUGGAGUACCAAAAGAUUUAUGUGAAAGCGUGAUGGUUGCUCUGCUGGAAUUCUUUCAGCUGCCACAUGAAGAAAGAGCCAUUUACUUCACAAGAGAUUUCACCAAACAAGUCAAAAUCUUCAACUACUCCUACAAGGGUGAUGAUCAAAUGAAGGUUACAAUGUGGAGCGAAACCUUCACUCACCCGUGGCAUCCCACCCAGGAUUUCACCCAUCAUUUGCCAACAAAACCUCUUCAAUAUAGAGAUGUCUUCACUGCAUAUGCAAGGGAGAUAGGUUGUCUCAUGAAUAGGCUUUUCAGUUUGAUGUCGAAAGGACUAGGGUUAGAGGAGAAUUCCAUAGUGAGAAAGUUAGGUGAAAGGCCUAAUCAUUAUUCACAAGCAAAUUACUAUCCACCAUGUCCAGAACCAGAGCUCACCAUGGGAUUGAAUGAACAUAAUGACAUCACUGCACUCACUAUACUACAACAGUUGGAUGGAGUCUCUGGCUUGCAAGUGAAGUAUGAUGAGAAUUGGGUAGCGGUUGACCCUGUCCCAGGUGCUUUGGUCAUCAUUUUGGCUGAUCAGAUGCAGGUGCUCAGUAAUGGAAGGUACAAGAGUCCAGUUCAUAGGGCAGUAACUAACGGGUGGCUUCCACGACUGUCAUUAGCUCUGUUUCAUGCACCAAAUGAUGAAACACUUAUUGGUCCCAUAGAGGAAUUGACAGAUGAGGAUCACCCUCCCAUUUACCGAAACUAUAGAUACAAAGAGUUUAUGAAAGAAUUUUAUCGGCAAGAAGGUAAAAGGAGGAGGGUAAAGGAAACUUUUAAGUUGUAACACCAAAUAUGGUAUCAAAACUCGUAGUUUAUAAUAAAACAAGAAGCACUCUAGCUAUUUGGUUGACGAUUAAGGAUGAAAAUCAGCUGGGAUAAAUGAGGUUUUACAAUCUAGGUCGAUCUAAAUCUAGUGUUUAUAUUUACUUGAUAUAGUUUUUUGUA